AUGGCUCAACUAUUCGUCGACGAGAUUCCCUCUGCCGAUCCUAUCUACGUGUUCGCUCCAAUUGGUGAUACCAGAAAUAGCUCAUCCAACUCCGACCCUGGUUCCAUCCACGAUAAUUUUCCCAGCCCGAGCCCAUCUGCCAACGACGAUGGCCUAUACGAAUCCUCAGUCCCAGCCUCGCGGACCGUCUUCUCCCCGAAUCCAUGGUAUGACAGCUCCCCCUACACUCCAGAUGAUACUCCAAGGGAUGUCGCGCAGUAUACCCUCCGCCCCUCUCGCCACGACGGCGAAAGAGAAGGAAAUGAAGGCGGCCAGCUGGUUGAUAUUCUCAUUUCGUAUCGUACUGAAACCUCUGAUAUAGAACGGAGUAUCAGGAUACAGGUCUCGGAGGGAAGGACGAGGCGGGAGGAGUAUCUUCCUUGGAUAGGGCAUGUGUAUGAUUAUGGGGCGGUGCAGGAUAGCGCCGAAGGAUCAGCGGAUGGAGGAGGAGCAGCAGAAGGCGGAGGAGAGGCAGGGGUUGGGGUGGUGGUGCCGGCUGGUGGGUUGUAUGAUGUGGUAAGGACGGUGUAUGAAGGGGCAUCGGAGGAUGAGCUGGAGGAUGCAGAGGAUAAUGCGAGGGAGGUGCUUUGGGAGGUGUAUUGUAAGUUACACGAGUGGUGA